CGUUGCUCACUCUUUAGAGUUUCUUUUCCUAAGAAAGUUGAAUGAGGCGGAAAGAUUGACUUCCGUGUUUUUGCCAUAGUUUCGGUGUCUUCUCCUUCAUCAUGGGAGCGUGUAUGGCCUUGUGCUCGCUGGCGAGCUGCGCGUCCUGUCUGUGUGGCUCUGCGCCCUGUCUGUUAUCAGGAUGUUGUCCUUCUACAUACAACUCGACUGUGACCCGGCUGGCCUUCUCCUUCCUCCUGCUGCUGGGCACUAUAGUGUCCAUCAUCAUGAUCCUGCCCGGCAUGGAGACACAGCUGAAGAAGAUCCCUGGUUUCUGUGAAGGAGGCUCUUCUAUACCUGGAGUGCAUGGGAAGGUGAACUGUGAGAUCGUUGUUGGCUAUAAGUCGGUCUACAGGAUGUGCUUCGCCAUGGCCUGUUUCUUCUUCCUCUUCUCCAUCAUCAUGAUCCGUGUGAGAAGCAGCAAGGAUCCUCGAGGCGCGAUUCAAAACGGUUUUUGGUUCUUCAAGUUCUUGAUUCUGGUCGGUCUCACAGUGGGAGCUUUCUUCAUUCCUGAUGGGGCUUUCAACACAGUGUGGUACUACUUCGGCGUGGUUGGGUCCUUCAUCUUCAUCCUGAUCCAGCUCAUUCUUCUGGUGGAUUUUGCUCACAACUGGAACCAGAAGUGGGUGGAGAAGGCAGAGAAUGGGAACAGUAAAUGCUGGUAUGCAGCCCUGCUCUCAUUCACACUGGUGCACUAUAUCUGUGCCUUUGCUGCUGUGGUUUUGUUCUAUAUAUUCUACACACAGCCGGACGACUGCGCCGAGCACAAAGCCUUCAUCAGCCUCAACCUCAUCUUCUGCAUCGUUGUGUCUGUGGUGUCUAUUCUUCCAAAAGUGCAGGAGGCUCAGCCGAGCUCUGGCCUGCUCCAGGCGUCUCUCAUCUCUCUCUACACCAUGUAUCUCACAUGGUCUGCCAUGAGCAACAACCCCAAUCGUAAGUGUAACCCGAGUCUGUUGAGUCUGGUCAGCGCGGGGCCGACAGCAGUCCCUCCCACCAGAGCCCCGGGCAUCCAGACGCAGUGGUGGGACGCCCAGAGCAUCGUGGGACUGGUCAUCUUCCUCCUCUGCACGCUGUAUGCCAGCAUCCGCUCCUCAAACAACAGUCAGGUGAAUAAGCUGAUGCAGACCGAGGAAGUCGAAGGGCUGGCGUCCAGCGAGGGCGUCUCCGAGGAGGGCGUGAGGCGCGCUGUGGAUAACGAAGAGGAGGGUGUCACAUACAGCUACUCCUUCUUCCAUUUCUCCCUCUUCCUGGCCUCCCUCUACAUCAUGAUGACCCUGACCAACUGGUACCAACCCGAAACAGACUACGCAGCCAUGAAAACCAGCAUGCCUUCUGUGUGGGUGAAGAUCUGCUCGAGUUGGCUGGGACUGCUGCUGUACCUCUGGACCCUAGUGGCUCCGGUAAUCCUGAGCAACCGAGACUUCAGCUAAACACUCAGAAGAUGUGGCCUUAUACCAAACCAUAUGCAGAGUUCACUUAUUCAGUACAUUACAGAAGUUAUUGUUAAUCUUAAAGAUGAGCUGAGCUCUUGAGCUAUGCACACCUUCAUGACACUUUUCAUACACUUAUUAAUGUUUCAUAAUCAUAAACUGUUAACCUCAAAUCUGAGUUUGCAUAAAUGGGACACUUGAUCUGGAAUUCUUAGAAUUUUUAUGUAUACUCUAAUUCACAUAUAUUCACUGGUUAUCUUCCAUUUCUGUAUAUUUCAUAGUCUUUUGUAUUUGUCUCGAGUCCAGUUUUGUUACAAAUUGCACUACAUUUGAUCAAAUCAAAGUUGAAUGUUCAGUGGACUGCUAGAUUUCCUCAUAUGUAUCCAGAUGUGUUUAUUUAGAGCUGUAUCCAUUUAGUUUUGAAGCAUUGAUUUAUGAGCUUUAAGAUGACACUCCUCCUGACCAAACGUUUUUUUUGUUCUAUUUGGAUCUUGUGAUCUUUUGUAUUUUUACCUUUUAUAAAUUCUUGUAAAAGUGAUUAUAAAAAAUUGUACACAAGAAGUUAUGGGUCUUUAACCUUGCCGCUGUCGUCUCUGGCUUGUUUAGUUGGGAACACUUAAUUAAGAGCGAUUUCGUUGACUUGAUUGCACAGAUAUUAUUAAACUGAACUGAGCUGGAUGAAGACAUCAUUGAUUUCAAUGAUGAACUAACUUUUUGCUUCGACACUAUUUUCCUAAUUAAUGCUGUUCAUUUGCUUUGUUUCAAUCAGUGUUAAUUUCGUUGACGAAGACUAUGACGAAAAAUAUUCGUCAACUAACCUUUUUCACGGACGAAAACUAAAUAAAAACUAAAUAAAAAGUCAGAUAUGAUGACGAAAAACGUGACGAAAUAUAACUGACACUUUAGUCAACGAAUAAAAAUGAGACGAAAAUAUAUGGGCGGGACGAAUGGAGAAGAGAUCCAAUCAGAGCGAAUCUUUGAGGGUAGGUUGAUCUAUGCAGAAGCAGCCGAGCCAUUAUAAAAAGCCGCGGCAAAAGCAAGCGCAACAGCUAAACAAACGCAGCAGCAGUUACACAGAAAAGAGAACAAAGAUGAGUUUGCAGAAAUUCGCACAGUUUCGAGGACGUUUUCAUAACAGUUAAGUUGUUUACACAGAGGGAACUACACUGCGACCUUUUGAAAUGCCAUUGCGACCCAAAUUUUUAUGGGGUCGUAAAUGUAUCACUGAUUAUUUUUGUACCUACUUAUGUGUAAUGCUAUGUUUUAAUAUGAGCAUUUAUUAAAACAGAAAUGUGUAAGAAUACGUUUUAUAACGUGCUCCAAGCAUUCAACACAUCAAGUUGGCUUCAGCCCCGCGAUGCAGGAAAGCAGCUGGUUACUCGCGCAACACUGAACCGAGUUCUCCUUCAGGACGUUUGCGUCCUCCUGCACCUGAACGAACAAAUACAAAUCGCAUUUUAAAUAAACAUAAGAAAAAGAGCGAAAAGUGAAAGAGCUCAAUUCAGCAGCGCGGUGUUCAGGGAGCAAGCAGAGACGCGUCUCAAAGUCUUCUUGCUUUUGUACCGACAACAAAUACAUACUAAAUAUGUCGAAAUACCCGUCUUGGAAAGUGUGUUCGAAAAGGUCUGUAGUUGUGUCUUCAGUGAAAGUAAAGAGUUGGAAAAAAAUCGGAUGUGUAUCUUUAUAACGGAUGCAUUUGUCUCUUAAAGUGACCGCGCCUAAUUUACUAGCUCUGCUGUCAGUGUCUUUAAUGUAUGAAAAUGAAAGUAAAUCACUCACUGCUCUUGAUUAAAUUACUUUGUAGUUUUAACAAGAAUUUAUCCAAAGUCAAUCCAAAAAUCAGAUAGAAUAGAUUAUAUUGUUUUACUAGUGACUAAAAAAUACAACAAAAAAAAAUGAUUAGGGACCUGAGCAUGUUUUGCUUAAGUGUUUCUUUCUUUAAUUGCUAAUGCAACCUUUUCACACCACAGACUGAACCAAAUUAAGCAUUGCAUCAGACAUUAUCAAGAUUAAUUUGUUGUUCUGACACAGUUUAACCCUGAGUUAUUGUCAUAUUUUAUUACCAAUUUCUAAACUACAGCAAAUAAACUGUGAUAUUGUAAGAAACGUUGAA